CAUACCAGAUGUUUUCAGAUAAGAGGCGUGCACCGUCAAUAUUCGUAAUGCACAGUCAGUCGUUCAACGCCUGUGAAAGGUGCUUCAUACCAAGUCUUUGGAAAAAAUCUCUUAUAAAUAAUGUUACAUAAUAAAUUAUCAAGAUAAUAAUAAUUAAAAAUUAAUAAUUAGUUUAAUAAAAAAAAAAAAAAAAAUAGCAAAAAAUGAAGUUAAAACACACAUUUUCAUGUUUCAAUAACAACAAUAUCAUCAAUAAUGUGAUAACUGAAAUCCCAGAUAGGCCGAAACAACAGAAAGAUCCUCCAAAACCAGGAAGUCGUAUACUGCAAUUUAUUACUGCAAUUAAUGUGAGUUUAAUCUUCAUGGGAUGUGGAGUUGCCGAUUCAUGGACAUCGCCAGCAUUACCAUAUUUACAAAGUCCUAAUUCAAAACUUCCAGUUAGUGAAAAACAAGGUUCAUGGGUGGCAUCAUUAUUUAAUGUUGGUGCAAUAUUUGGUUAUAUUGUUUAUCCAUUAUUUAUUGAUCGUUUUGGUCGUAAAUAUACAAUUCUCAUUUUAUUUAUACCGCAAUUAUUAUCAUUUAUAUUAAUUUAUGUUGCAAAAAGUGUUAUAUUACUUUAUAUAUCAAGAAUAAUUGGCGGUCUUGGUUAUUGUGCAGGUGAAAUUGUUGGCUAUAUUUAUAUUGCCGAAAUAGCUGAGAAAAAAAUUCGUGGCUCAUUAAUUAUACUUGAGGCAAUAUCAUAUAAUGUUGGUAGUUUAAUUGUUGUGACAAUUGGCGCAUUUUAUUCAUAUAACAAAAUGAAUUUAAUUAAUAUUUCAUUGCCACUAUUAUUUAUAUUAAUAUUUCCAUUUUUACCUGAAUCACCAUAUUUUCGUUUAAAACAAAAUCGUAAAGAAGAAGCAACGAAAAUUUUAUCAAAACUACGUGGAUUAAAAGAUCCAACUGCACUUGAACCUGAAAUUAAUCGUAUUAAAGAGGCAAUUAUUGAAGGUGAAAUAAGUAAAAAAUAUGCAAUGCGUAAAUUAUUUGAAAAUAAACGUCAUCGUAAAGCUCUCUUUAUUGUUGCACUUGUUAAAGCAAGUACAGCAUUUUCGGGUUAUUUAGCUGUUUCUUCAUAUAGUCAGGAAAUUUUAAGUUACAGUGGUUUUUCAUUAGAUCCAAAAUUUGGUACAAUUGUAUUAACAUUAAUACCAAUAUUAUUUAUAAUACCAACAACGCCAUUGGUAGAUUAUCUUGGACGUAGGUGGUUGACAUUAUUAUCGGCUUUAAUAUGUUCAAUUAGUUUAUCAGUGGUGGGAUUAUUUUUUUUCUUAAAGUUUUAUUUAAAAUUAGAUUAUCAUGUGACAUUAAUUUCUUGGUUACCAUUGGUUGCAUUAGUUGUUUUUAAAAUUUCUCUAAUGGGCGGAAUUUAUUCAACAUCAAAUGUAUUGGCUUCAGAAUUAUUUCCAGUUGAAGUUAAAAGUUCAGCGUUUGCAUUUAUAAGUAUUUCAAGGGAAAUUUUACUUUUUUUAGUUAAUUUAGGCUUUAAAUGGUCAAUUGAUAGUUUUGGUAUUUAUAGUGUAUUUUGGAUGUAUGCAGUGUCUUGUUUGGCAUUGUCAUUAUUGGCAUUUUUAAUAAUGCCUGAGACAAAAGGAAAAAAUUUAGAAGAAAUUCAAGUAUUAUUAGACAGUGUAAAAAUGAUAAGUGAAAAAAAUUAUGACAAGAGUGAUUGUAAAAAUGAUGAGAAAACAAAAGGACAUAUACUACAGAUUAUUGCAGCGUUUAGUGCAUCAAUAACAAUGAUUGGACUUGGAGCCACUGAUUUAUGGACAUCACCUGCUCUACCAUAUCUACAAAGUAAUGAAUCAGAAUUGAAAUUAUUGCCAAAUGAAGCAUCAUUAAUAGCAUCAUUACUUCACAUUGGUGCAAUAAUUGGCUAUCUUAUAUAUCCAUAUUUAAUUGACACUGUUGGUCGUAAAAAGACAUUAUUAUUAUUUUUUCUACCACAAAUUGCCUCAUGGUUAAUGACAAUUUUUGCAAAAAAUGUUUAUACACUUUAUUUUGCACGUACAAUAGCUGGUAUUGGUUAUUGUGGUGGUUUUGCAGUACAAGCAAUUUAUAUUAGUGAAAUAAGUGAAAAAAAUAUACGUGGAAUUUGUUUAUUUAUAUCAAAAGUUAAUUAUGAAGUGGGAAGUUUAAUUGUCGUGACAGUUGGUGCAUUUAUUGUUUAUAGUCAAUUGAAUUUAUCAAUGCUAUCAAUACCAAUAAUAUUUUUUGUCACCUUUAUUUUUAUGCCCGAGACACCGCAUUAUUUUUUAAAACGUGCAAAUCAUGAAAAAGCAAUUCAAAGUUUAUCAAUAUUACGCGGUACAAAAAAUCGUAAAUAUCUUGAAUUAGAAAUUAAUAGUGUUAAAAGUGCAAUGGCAAUUCAAAAUGAGGAGAGUAAAAAUAUUUUUAAAACACUUGUCGAUAAACGUUAUCGUAAGGCAUUGUUAAUUGUAUUUUUGGCAAAUGUCACUAAAGGACUAUCGGGUUCAUAUGCAAUUAGUAAUUAUACACAACAAAUUUUUAGUUACAGUGGUUUUUCAUUAAAACCUGAAUAUGCAACAAUUAUUGUUGUUGGAUUAAAAAUAAUAGCUGGUAUUAUUGGAUCGCAAUUAAUUGAAAAUAUUGGUAGAAGAAAAUUAUAUUUUUAUUCUGGUAUUUUGGGUAGUUUAUCAUUAAUAAUUGUCGGCUUAUUUUUUUUUAUGAAAAUUUAUUUAAAAUUAAAUAAUCUUGAUGCAAUUAGUUGGCUACCAUUAUUUGGAUUGACUUGCUUUCAAGUUGCAUCGGCGGCAAGUUUAAAUCCAAUACCAAUUUUACUUACAGUUGAAUUAUUUCCAAUGAAAAUUCGUGGUCUUGCAUCAGCAGUGGCAUUUAUAUCAUUUGAGAGUUUUGUCUUUUUAAUUACAUUUGCCUUUGAUCCACUCAAUCAAAUUGUUGGAAUUUAUACGACAUUUUGGAUUUAUGCAUUUUGCUGUAUUGUCGGUAGUUUUAUUGUUUAUCGCAUUACACCGGAAACUAAGGGCAAAAGUUUAGAGGAAAUUCAGGAUUUGUUAAAAUAGACAUUCAAUUUUUAAAAAAUUUUUUUUUCUCGAAUUUUUGGAAAAAAAAGAAGAAAUUUUUGUAAGCAAUUAAUAAAAAUAAAGAAAAAUUUAAUUUAUAUUGUAUAAUAACAAAAUUCCUUUUUAUUUUGAUUGGAAAAUUGAAAAAUUUGAAACAUGAUUUUAUACUUAAUGAAACAUAUGUAAAUUGUUAAAUAAAAUUUACUUUUUGGCAUUUA